UAUUAUAAAUACGGACGAUGUCUGUUCACUGUCAAAUCAAACCUGAUAUAGAGUGAGUUACUAUACUGCUGGGAACAUCAUUUACCAAAGUUACACAACGGAUUUGACAUGGAGUCAGUUGAAGUCGUCAAUAAUCAGAAUGUGGUUGAGAGGGUGGCCAGCCUCCCCUUGGUGAGCUCCACCUAUGACAUGGUGUCCAGUGCCUACUGCACCACCAAGGAUAACCACCCCUACCUCAAGUCCAUGUGCGAGGUGGCCGAGCUGGGGGUGCGAACCAUCACCACUGUGGCCCUCAGUGGUGCAGCGCCCAUCAUCGGCAAGCUGGAGCCACAAAUUGCCAUGGCCAAUGACCUGGCCUGUAAAGGUUUGGAUAAGAUUGAGAAGACCUUGCCAAUCCUUCACCAGCCUUCUGAUCAGAUUGUUGCCAACACCAAGGAUGCAGUGACCGGUGCCAAAGACGUGAUGUCUGUCACCGUCACGGGGGCCAAGGACAGUGUGUCCCACACCUUGACUAGCGCGGUGGACCGGACCAGGGGCGCUGUGCAGGACAGCGUGCAGAUGACCCGGGCUGCGGUCAGUGGUAGCGUAAACACGGUGAUGGAGAGCCGCAUGGCCCAGAUGGUCAGUAGUGGAAUGGACACGGCCCUCACCACCUCUGAGCGCUUGGUGGACCAGUACCUGCCUCGCACUCUGGACGAGCUGGAAAUGGAGGCUAAAACGGUGAAAGGCUUCGACGUGGCCAAGGAUGCACCUAACUACUAUGUUCGUCUGGGCUCUCUGUCUACCAAGCUGCGUAAGAGGGCGUACCACAAGGCCCUGGCCCAGAUGAAAGACACCAAGCAGCGCAGCCAGGAGUCCAUCUCACAGCUCAACCACACUGUGGACCUGAUUGAUUACGCCAGAAAGAAUAUUGACGGAGCUAACCAGAAGGUGAAAGGCAAAUUGAGCUCCCUGGUCGAGUGGAAGUCUAAUGAAGGAGAUGGCAAUGAGGCAGAGAACAUAGAAUCGAGGACCCUGGCGAUGGCGCGCUCCCUCACUCAGCAGCUGCAGACAACGUGCCUGGCGCUAGUCUCUGGUCUGCAGGGCCUUCCACAGAACAUCCAGGAGGAGGCGCUGUCCCUUAGCCACUCUGCCUCGCAAAUCUACUCCAGCUUCAGCAAGGCGUCGGCGUUCGGUGACCUGUCGGAUGGUGUUCUAGCCAGCAGCAAGGCCCAGCUGAACAAGAUGAAGGAGUCGCUGGAUGACGUCAUGGACUACCUGGUGAACAACACACCCCUCAACUGGCUGGUACCAGACUUCACCUUCUCAGACUUGGCCUCGGAACCUGACCUCUCCUCAGUUGAGGACGAUGGCAUGUCAGAUGAGUCCAACAGCAACGAACCCCUAUCAGCUCCCCUUGCUCACCAAUAAUCUGCAUUGUCAGAUAAAUCAAAUGUCCACAGGUCAUCUGUCUGUAAUGCUUAGUUAUAUUUGAAAAUAGAUUUUUAUAUUUUUGAAAUACCAUUGGUAGACAAUCAUAGUAGUUGAUUUGGCCAGUGUAUUUGAAAAUACACUAUGUAUUUAAAUAUGUAGGUAUUAAAUACGCAUGGAUUUGAACAAAGGUCUGUUCUGGAUUUAAAAAAAUAUUUAUUCGCUGUGAAAGUGACCGCCUCUUCCGUUUUACUUCCAUGUCCAAUACAGUUUUGAAUGGGAUUCAAGAUAUCAUAAUUCAUGAACGCAUUUAAGAUACCGUUUAUGUGGAUUAUCUACUGAUGCCUUAUAGCGACAGCAUUUUUUAUUUUUGUACUUCUUGCACUGAACCGUUUAAAAACUACAAGGCACAGAAGGCGGCCACUUUCCCAGCGUAUUUUCAUGGCAGGUGUGUGAGCCUUUAAAUAAACAUUGCAGCUAUACAGUAA